UGGGUUCCUUCGGCAACUGAUGAGCCCAUUCUCCUCUGCAGGAGCUGAGAAGUUGAGUUUGAGCGUUUCCAUCCCAUUGGUUCUCACUGUCUACAUCUUCACCUUCCUGAUCGGCCUCCCAUCCAACCUCCUGGCCUUCUACACCUUCCUGGUGAAGGUCCGCCAGAAACGCACCCCCGUCGACAUCCUUCUCCUCAACCUCACCGUCUCCGACAUCUUCCUCCUCAUCUUGCUCCCCUUCAAGAUAGUGGAGGUUGCCUCAGGCCCGGAGUGGCUCUUGCCCGUUUUCCUCUACCCACUCACCAGCUACUUUUACUGCAAUAGCAUCUACUUCAGCUCCCUCUUCCUCAUGGCCAUCAGUGUUGAUCGCUACCUGGGGGUGGCCUUUUCCAUCAAGUACAAGCUCCGGCGCCGUCCAGCUUAUGCUGUCGCCACCUCCGUGCUCUUCUGGGCGUUGGGCUGUGCCCACUGCAGAUUUACCUACAUUGUCCAGUACGAGGUCCUGAGCCCCAAUGGGACCGUGACCUCCAAUAACGAGUCCCACUGUUACAAAGUUUUCUCCCCUAUGCAGCUCCAAAUCCUCCUCCCUGUCCGCCUGGAGUUCUUCAUUGUCCUCUUCUAUCUCCCCUUCACCAUCACCAUCUUCUGCUACGUCAACCUCAUCCGCAUCCUGGUGGCCUUGCCCAACAUCACAGCCCGGAGGAAGCAGGGGGCCGUGGGCCUGGCUCUGGCCACCUUGUUCAACUUCAUAGUCUGCUUCGCCCCCUACAACCUGUCCCAUGUGGUGGGCUUUGUCCAGAAUGAGAGCCCUUUCUGGAGGGUGUACGCUCUUCUCCUCAGCACCCUCAAUGCCGCCUUGGUCUUGUACUUCUCCUCCACUGCCUUCCAAUGGGCCUUCGCGAAGUGCCUGGCCAGCCUGUGGCACAAAUUCAGCGCCAUCUUGGCCCGGUGCCAUCUCCCCUGCUUGACUUGCUGUGGGGAAGGGGGCAGAGGUGAAGUGGCCAGUGGGAUGGAGGCGGAGUUGACAACUUGA